CCAAACCCUGAAAACCAUUCUUUGCUCCCAAGUUUCUCCAAAAAAAAAAAAAAAAAAAAAAAAGAUGAAGGUUAUUGCUGCCUAUUACUAGUUAUAUUUGGAUAAGUAAAACUUUUUAUGUAUUUAAGAAUUAAGACAAAGAAACCCAAAAAAAACCUCGUUUAAAACCCUAACAACACUAUAUAUUCUCAAAACCCAAACCCUAAAACCAUUCUUUGUUCCCAAGUUUCUCCAAAAAAAAAGAAGCAGAAAAUGGAUGUGAUCACUACCUACUUGUUGGAUGUGUGGGGCGGAAACAUCAGCCCUACGGCAGAGGAUUUGAAGGCACUUCUCUCUUCCGUUGGAGCGGAAGCUGAUGAAGCAAAAAUUGAGUUAUUAUUAUCUCAAGUCAAAGGAAAAGACCUUACUGAGCUUAUUGCUGCUGGUAGGGAGAUGAUCGCUUUGGUGCCUUCCGGUGGCAGUGGUGUUGCGGUUGCUAGUGGUGGUGGUGGUGCAGUGGUGGCGGAAGAGAAGGUGGAGGAAAAGAAAGUGGAAGAGAAAGAAGAGUCUGAGGAGGAGUUUGGCUUUGAUCUCUCAGCUUGGCAUGGAAGGCAAAGGCAACGGGCUACUCGUGCUGAGAAAAUGAGGUUACAAGCACUGAAAGCUGAUGAUCAAGAAGCUUACAUGAAGAUGCUGGAGGAAACCAAGAACGAAAGGUUAAUAAUGCUUCUACGGAAAACAAAUGAGCUCCUGGCUAAGAUGGAAGCUGCUAUUCAACGGUAAAAAGAUGCUGAUCAUGAUAGCAUUGAAUCUUUGGAAGGCUCAGAUGCUGAAAUGAUUGCUUCUAAUAAGUAAUAUGAUCUGAUGAGUGGUUUGGUUUCGAUCUCUUUGGUUUAGAUGAAUUCAUAUACAUUGAUGGUGAAGUUUAUUUAUAUUCUGUGUACUUUUUGGAUCAAUAUCAAUACUAGUAAUGAUUUUCUUUCUUUUAAUAGUAGUAAUUUUAAUUUGGUUUAUGUUUACAUUCUAUU